AUGGUGGCGGGGUGUGCGAUUCAACCUCGCAUUAUCUCCUCGUUUUUGGGAGACUACGGCUUCAUUCAACCAACUUCAGAUACACUUCCUCGCCUCUUCCGAUACACUCGAGGUAGAAACCACGAGUCAAUGCUAAAUUCGAGAACAUUUUCUAGUUUAACAAAUUUAUUGUUCAACAGAAGAAAAAUAGAAGAUUUGCCAAAUGGCAAGCAUAAACGUUUAAGGCCAGGGAAAGUGUCUACUUGUCGACCAGUCCCUGCUAACAUACCAAAGCCUCCUUAUGUCAAUUCUAAGAAACCACCUGGCAUUGCAAGUGGACCUGAAGUGCACGAUAAGAAAGGGAUAGAAUGCAUGAGAGCUUCAGGGAAGCUGGCUGCACAGGUUCUUCAGCAUGCUGGGACCUUAGUCAAGCCAGGCAUAACUACAGAUGAAAUUGAUCAGGCAGUUCAUCAAAUGAUCAUCGACAAUGGAGCAUAUCCCUCUCCUCUUGGUUAUGGAGGGUUCCCAAAGAGCGUAUGCACAUCCGUGAAUGAGUGCAUUUGCCAUGGAAUCCCAGAUUCACGUGUUCUCGAGGAUGGGGAUAUUGUCAAUAUUGACGUUACAGUUUAUCUCAAUGGUUAUCAUGGUGAUACUUCAGCAACAUAUUUUGUUGGAGAUGUUGAUGAGGAAGCCAGAAACUUGGUAAAGGUAACCAAAGAAUGCCUCGAUAAUGCAAUAUCAAUAUGUGCCCCAGGAGUGGAAUUUAACAAAAUCGGCAAAACAAUACAUGACCAUGCAGAUAAACACCAUUACGGGGUUGUCCAACAGUUUGUUGGCCAUGGAGUUGGACGGGUUUUCCAUAGCGAUCCAGUCAUUCUGCACUACAGGAACAAUGGUCGUGGACGCAUGGUGCUGAACCAGACUUUCACAAUUGAACCGAUGCUGACAAUUGGCAGCAUCAACCCAAUAAUGUGGGAUGAUAAUUGGACUGUGGUGACAGAGGAUGGGAGCCUGUCGGCUCAAUUCGAGCAUACCAUCUUAAUAACCGAGAAUGGUGCAGAGAUACUAACCCAAUGUUAA